CCGCCGCUAGACGAGUAAUCUCAUUCUUUAAUCUCUCUGUCAAGAUAUCCAUCGCUGCCGUUCGUUCCGAAGCGGGCAGUAAUGAAGAGCCCUCCGGAGUAGCAGUGCGUGCCAACAAGAUUCCUAAAGCAUGAAUUGCACGCUGUCUGACUUCCAAGUCGGCGUCGUUGGCUGUCACGCGACCAACAAUCACCUUGUAGAGUUGUUGCAAAUCUGUUUUAUGGCUGGAUGAUACUGAUCUAAAUCUUGGUGGUGUCAGAGCCUUGACUAAUUCCUCGACAGUUCCGAUAGCUUCACUAGAGAUUUUAUAGUUUCUGUCAUUUACAGCAGAAACAACGCCUGGGACAAUCUUAGCCAAGAACGGUUGCAGAACACUCGAAGAAUGGGUCUUAGCGAUGUCGCCGAUUAGGCCAAGUGCAGCAAUUCGUAGGGUAUUUGCAGUCGCUGAAGCAGCUCCUCCACUAGUGAUUGCAGCUGAUCCCGAGUAUCCUGAAGUAGUCUUGAUUGCGUCGACUAUGGGCUCAACAAUCUGGUUGAAGUACUCGGCUAGGCCACCAUUUUGAACGGAAACAACAUCAUCCAAGAGGUUGAUCAAGGCUUGUUUAGUUGGAAUUGAGCUACCUUUAAGAAGCUUAGUGGUUGCCUUGACAAUCGCAGGGCUGAGCCGCGCUAAAUCUGCUCUUGGGCCCGAUGCCGGGACUGGCUCGGCUGUUGGCGAGAUCAAUCCUGCGGACGCGGAGAGGAAAGAUUUUGUGUCGAAUGUAGCACUACUACUCUCUCUUCUGCGUUUCUUACUCUGGGGUGCAUGGUUGGCGUACUCGGAUUCAUCACCGGAGAGCUUGACAAACACGCCUUCGCCAGUCUUUCGAACAAGAGAGGACAUGGUCGCAAUGACCUCCAGUCGAACGUUUUCUUCUCGUUCACUAAACCGUUGAACGAGGAUAGGGGCGACUUUGGCGUACAACGUACCAUCGUCUAGUAAAUCUCCACUUCCCCUAGUGGAAAUGAUGGUAUAGAGUGUCUUGGCUGCACAUCGACGGACUUUCCAGCUGGCGUCAUCGUCGUCGUCGUCAAAUCCGGCCUCGGCCUCGAAAUCAUCAUCGUCGCAAAAGCCGUCUGCCUCGUCGUCCUCUUGUGUUCCUCCCAUUUCCUCGUCUUCGUCAUCAUCAUUGUAAUUGGGGUCAUACUUCAAAAACCGAAGGGCAGCAGAAAUUGUCUCAUCGGUGAAAUCACGCAUUUCGCCGCCACAAGAAGCAAGGAAACCUUCCAAGGCCACAAGAGCAGAUUCACGAACAUCAUCCAACUCUGUAUCUGGCUCGCCAUCUUCGGCGGAGUUUUCAAGUUGAUCAUCUAGCUCCUGUUGGCUCAAUGCUGAGAGAACAAACGGAGCGAGAGUUUUCAAAUAAUGGCCAAACCGAGAAGGAAUUGAUCUCGCCAUGGAUCCAAGAAUUGUGAUAUACAAGCGUCUUUGGUUCGAGGUAAGAUGAGGGCUCCGAAGGCCUUCAAUCAGGUGAGAAACAAAGCCACUCAGAUCAUCAUUGGUGAGAUAGGUUGCAAGAAUACACAUGGCAACAACCGCUCGCUUUUUGACUACCGAGCCGCCACGGUCAGAUUCCAGUAUUUCAAGUAACAGGUUUUGGAAGGCCUCCACUUCGACCUGCUGAAGCAUGGGACCGAAGCAUCUCACAACCUCAAUCAGAACAUCCACAGCCUCCGAGUCCAAUUCCUUAUCCGAGUUUAGAUCCAGCAUGCUUGGUGGGGGCGGUGGGAGCUUCACGCCCUUUGAGGGCUUGUUUGCAACCAAACGGCCAACCAGGCGUGGAAUUAGAACCUGGCUGAUGGAUUUAUAUGCUUCAUUCACCUCCUUCGUCGCUGCAACACCGGUAGUUGGUCGGGGUAGGGUUAUAACGACCGUUCGAAGGGCCAUCGCCGGAAUGGAAUUAUCGACCGAAUUUUCGAUGUUCAAAGUCGACAGCUUCUCAAUGAGAGGGGACAAGAUCGAGCCGGGAAGUUUUGUUACAAGCGGACCAAGACUGCAGGCACUUAUCAGUUUCCGGAGGGCAAACCGUGUUGGGUUCCUAGGGAGAAUACAUACCACUUGAUGGCCAAGUUUUGGACUUCGCCGUUCUGGUCAUCCAGAGUCUUGAGAAUUCCAUCGACGGUUUUUGCGGCGGUGUUAUAAUCAUGGUGGAGGAAAUCGGACUUUCCAAUCGUCAAGACUUGAAAAAGAUCGUUCAGAGACAUGUAACGGAAGUCUGGAUCGACAUCCUGAAGCUUAGGGAGUAGCGCGGCUACCGUUUGCGAGGUCGGAUUCUGGGGGAUCUGGCUCGACAUCUUGGAGUUGCGUCGAUCGGUUCGCUCGUUUCUGCGUGAGGAUUACCAAAGGGUCUAGAUAGCUCCAGCUUUCUGCGACAAGCGAUCACCGCAAGUUGGGUAAGUCGGGGACCAUUCACAAAAUAGAAGUUGGGUGGAUUCUGUUGAGCGGGGAGGACGGUGGUUGAUGGUUGCCUUCCUAUGCGGAAUACUCGUAUGCGGCGGGGAGUGGUUGAUUAUGAAGCUGUAGGUAGCUCGGUGGGAAUGGUGUUGGUGUUGAGGUUGAGGGAGAAGAUGCGUGGGGAAAGGUCGAGGUUGAGCCUGAGGUGGUGGUAGGAAAGGAAGGUCUUCAGGUUGAAGUUGAGCAGAUGCUCCUUUGAGGUGGCCAGGAACAAUUCCAUCAACCUCAAGUAGUUCACUGGGACCGGGACUGGAAAGUGGACGCGGAUGGGAGCCUGUCACCUCAUUCACUCACCUCAAGCAUGGUGGGGUAAACUUCUGGUAUGGGUGUUGGAGUUGAUUCUCGGCUGCCUUACAGAGUCUCAGGCACCGCAAGGCACACAAGACAGAGGUACCACCACCUGGAGCCACUGACUCACUGACAGAGGUACCUACUCAGGCGAGUCAGGCUAUUCUCACCCUCCGUCGCAGUACUCACUGGUAUAUUACUCACUAUGGUGUGCACUCACCAGACUGAUACUCUGUACUGAAGUAUUGACCUACGAGUAAGCGAGCCAGAGCUCGAGAAGCUCGGUCCGCUCUGCUAUGUAUUCCCGGAAAUGGCCGGACCGGGAGCCCGGGUCGAGAGAGAGCUCUGACAGCAGCUUCUGCUCCUCUGCCAGGCUUCGUGACUUCGUCCUUCCCGUCUCAACUCACUCCAUCUCCCUCAAUUGAGACGGUACGUAGUGGUCAAUCCAUCACACGCUCUCUGCAUUGCUCAUCGCCCUCUCCAGACCAUCUUCUGUACGUAAUUGUUCAGUUCCCCCGCCACAAUGGCCUUCUCAAGAGUUGCUGCUAUGCGAUCGAGCUUUCGUGCCUUACGACCAUCCACGGUGCGCCCUCAAUUGUUCCGCCAGGUUGCGCGCAGAACCUACGCUAGUGGAGGACACCAUGAGACCAAGGCUGGUGGAGAUGCUGUCUGGUAUGUGGCGAUCGGGAAAAAAACUCUUUUUGAAUACUUGCUUACGACGUCAUUUAGGGCUGCUGGGGCUGUUGCGGUAACCAUACCAUCAUGCUGUAAGUGUUAUUAGUUGGCUAAAUUCUGGUUAAGGCGGAAACUUCUCGUCUACUGCCUACUACCUACUAUCUACACUUCUCUAACCCAAAUCAUUGGUCCUGUACUGACUAGAUUGUUCAAAAAGGGCUCAUUCUUCGAAACAACCCCGACGACGCGCAUGGCCAUGAUAGCCACGGGGCUGCCCAUGGUAAGGACCAUAGCGAACAUCACGAAGAGCCAGAGGUCAAGGAGGAGAAAUCCGAGGAGCCAGAGUCUGAGGCUAAGGAAGACGAGGAGAAGGGAGAACCUGAGGAGGACAGUAAAUCAGAAGAUUCCGGAUCAGACGAGGAAAAGACUUCCGAGACCCCAGACACCUCCGACGAAGAGAGCAGCGAAUCAGAGUCUGAUGGUAAAAAUACGAAGAAAGAGAUCCCAGAUGCUAAAGGAGGUUCCAAAAAGAGAAUUGAGAGCGAGAAGGGCGAGAAGCAAGGAGAAGCGAAGGAUCUGGACGAGGGUGCUCGUAAAGUAAUCUUCUCCUAGCCAUAUGCUACUCACGCCUUAUGUUGACUUGAUACAGACGGCAAGCUCAGGAAAAGAUAGUGGAAAACAAGAGGGACUAUCAAAUACCGACACCAAGCACUCAACUGACAUUUCCAACGAUUCGAGUAAGAGCAGCACAGAUGGUGUUCCAGAGACUGCCAAGUCGAAGGGAACAGUUGAUCCAAACCCAAAGGUAUAGACACAAUUCAUUAGAACUCCAUUCUGUAGUUCAUAUACUCCUGCUUUACUGUGUCUCAAAUGUAUGUAGUGCUGACCAAUUUCAGUCCAAGGACAAGUAG